AGUGACAGAGAAAAAUUUAUUUAAGAGAGAAACCCACUCAGCCUUAUCCAUUAUAUAUAUCUAACCUGUAAACCUUUAUAAAAGCAAAUCAAUAUCCUCUCCUCCCUUCCCCACCGGUGAAACCACCAGAGACGAGAACCAGACCAAGGCGAAUCCCCAUAGAGAGACCCAAAGAAGAGGAACCCAACCGUAGAAUCUAUUUGUCUUCAAUGGCUACUAGUAAGAGCUACUUUGCUAGACAAAGCUACCGAUUUUUGUCCAGUGACCAGACCCCUCACGCGCCGCUCACGCCCGACUCUGCAUUCGAGCUCGAUGAGUCUGACGUUUACAACAACUCAGUAGCAACUCGCUCCAACUCGCCCGAGUUUCGGAAAGCUGUACAGAGUUCGAGACUUAACAAAAAGUCCACAGCAACAGCAGCGGCCAGACUCACAGACCCUGGAAAUAGAGCCGUCGGGACUCCGUCGUCACUUCCGGUUAACAUACCGGAUUGGUCGAAGAUAUUGAAAGACGAAUACAGGGAGAAUCGAAGGAGAGAGGUCGACGACGAUGACGAUGAUGAUGUGGACGGCGAGGAUUAUUUCGAUGGAGGAGCGAGAGUUCCACCGCACGAGUUUUUGGCCAGACAGUUGGCGAGGACGAGGAUCGCAUCGUUCUCGGUGCAUGAAGGAGUAGGGAGGACAUUGAAAGGGAGGGAUCUGAGUAGGGUAAGAAAUGCAAUUUGGGAGAAAACAGGGUUUCAAGAUUAAAAAGCAAAAAAAAAAAAAUCAAGAAAUGAAGGUCUUUUUCGAGGAUUUAUAUACAGGAAUUCAUCACUACAGGUUUUCUAGAGUAUGUGAUAGAUGUUUUUUUUUCAAAUUUUUACUUUAAAUUUUGAUGGGUAUGGUGGUAUGAUGCUGAAUAGUAUGAGUUUUAUGCUUGUGAUAUGCUAACUUCUUCGAGAUUGUAUCAGAAAUGGCUGAGAAAAUUUCACUUUGGCAAUAAAAUUGCAGAGAUUUUUCAUUA